AUGCGUCGUUACCCUCUACGGACUACGCGGCAGCAGAUAUCCUAUGACGAGGAUUUUGCACAGCUAUUUGCUACUACACAGGUACUGGAUAUGCAUAAUACGUUCCUAUCGCAGAAGGAACACAAGGAUAGGGAAUUAUCCCUACAGUUACGUGCACAGGGCAAGAUUACCACUGCCGGCGAACCGUUUGAAUUAUCUGAUGCUACUGAAAUUGAUAGCCUGAUUGGCCGUGGUAUUAUUAUACCUAUCCAAUUCGACCCUACGGUACAUAAGACCCGUAUCUUUGGCCUGCGACUAGUACGGGAAAUAAAGGAUAAGGCUACUGAUGUUCCGUUUGAGAAAUCCCGACUAGUGGUACAGGGCCAUAGUGACCACGAUAAACGGUUUAUUUUGACACAGUCUCCGACUAUCCUCCGAUGUAGCCAGCGCCUGAUAUUGGCUAUUGCCCCAAUGCUACAGCAACAUUACGGAUUCCACCUAGCAUUACGGGACAUUACGCAGGCAUACACCCAAUCGGCUACACCAUUAUACCGUGAAAUCCUAGCGAGACCGCCUCGGGAAAUUAAAAAUAGGUACCCAGAGGGUACUAUAUUCCGCGUUAUGCGACCAUUAUACGGGAUCCCAGAGGCCGGAGCACAUUGGUUCCUUACGUACCAGAACCACCAUAGGGAACAGCUAGGGAUGGAUCAAAGCAGCUACGACCCAUGCCUAAUGGUAUCACAUCCCGAUAAUACAGCUAUUGGUAUUAUAGGCAUGCAGACUGAUGAUACAAUACAACUGGGUAAUAAUGUAUUUAUGGAAAGAGAAGACCACAGUCUACAGAAACACAAUAUUACUGCAAAGCCGAAGACAAUACUAACAGAUGGAUCCGUUAAGGAUUUUAAUGGUCUGCAGAUUAGUAUUGAAAACGGCACUAUCAAUACACGCCAGAAAGGUCAGGCAAAUAACCUUCAACUAGUCGAUGCAGAUAAUCCCGACCGCAACCAGCAAUAUAUCCAACAACGGGCACGUGGAGCCUACCUAGCCUCAAUUUGUCAACCAGAGGCAGCAACGGACUAUUCGGUAGCAGCACAGGCACAAUUACCUACCGAUAGCGAUAUUAUUGCACUUAACAAACGCAUACAAUGGCAAUUAGACCAUAAGGACCGUGGACUACGAUUUCUACCAUUAGCCAUAACGGACCUGAAGAUGUUUAUAUUUGCGGAUGGAUCAUUUGCCAAUAACCAAGACUUGACCUCCCAGAUUGGCUAUAUUAUUGUAUUGGCCAACGAAAUUGAACACACAGAUGAGCAGUUCAAAAUACAGGGUAACAUUAUACAUUGGUCAUCCACCAAGUGUAAACGAGUUACUAGAAGUGUACUUGCUUCCGAGAUAUACGGUACAGUAUCGGCACUGGAUAUGGGCUAUGUAUUAACCCAAACAGUUAAUACUAUUGUUAGCCGACUACAGAUACCAACUAUCCCCCUUAUUAUGUGUACGGACUCGUAUUCGCUAUACGAAUGCCUAGUUAAACUAGGAUCAACAACCGAGAAGAGGUUAAUGAUUGACAUUAUGGCAAUACGACAGAGCUACGAGCGACGGGAGAUAUCUGAAAUCCGUUGGAUUAACGGUAGCGAUAACCCAGCCGACGCAAUGACAAAGGUCCAGCCUAACAAGGUACUGGAACGGCUAGUAUCUACGAAUCAGGUAGAUAUACGUAUCGAAGGUUGGGUCGAUAGGGAGUAG